UCUCACCCGACCCAAACAUACAGAAAUACCAAACCAAAAUCAUCAACUGAAGGCCGUGCAUAUGCAUCCCUCCGUCGUCUUGCUUCUCCUUGUCGCAGCCACCGCGGCCAAGUCACUGGCGCCUCCGCCAGCUGCUGCUGGUCGCCAUGCCCCUGGCGCCGCCUGCAUACCUCGCGAGAGGGACGCCCUGCUGGCCUUCAAGCGAGGCAUCACCGGCGACCCGGCCGGCCGCCUCGCCUCAUGGAGCCAAGGAGAGGAACAAGACUGCUGCAAAUGGGAGGGCGUCCGGUGCAGCAACGGCACCGGACAUGUCAUCGGCCUUCAUCUUGGCAACGCGCAACCCGACGAUCCCGCGCUCAUUGACCCUGGUGCCGCAGCUCUGGUGGGCGAGAUAAGUCCCUCCUUGACCUCCUUGCAUCAUCUCGAGAGCCUUGAUCUCAGCUUGAACAACCUAGUUCCAGGGCCGCCGGCUGCUGGCGCCAGCGGCGUGCCGGAGUUCUUAGGCCUUCUUAAGAACCUGAGGCAUCUCGACCUCUCUGCCAUGCCCUUGUCAGGGAGUGUGCCACCUCAGCUCGGCAACCUCUCAAAGCUGCACUACCUUGACAUCUCACCUGCUCGCUAUUAUGUCCCAUGGGAUGGCACAAAACUAAGCUCCACUGACGUCUCAUGGUUAUCAACUCUGCCCCUACGGUACCUUGACAUGAGCUCUGUAGACCUCAGCGGGAUACCUGAUUGGGCUCAUGUGGUGAACACAAUUCCUUCUUUGAAGGUCCUCCGUCUUGCUGAUUGCUCGCUUAAGAGCGCAAACCAAUCUCUCCCACAUCUUAAUCUUACAAACCUUGAGCAGCUCAGCCUCUCUGGGAACAUCUUUGACCACCCAGCUGCAUCCGCUUGGUUUUGGAAUCUGACAAGCCUGCGAUAUCUCGACCUUGCGGGAACCUUCUUGUAUGGUCCAGUUCCUGAUGCACUGGGAGGUAUGAAGUCCCUCCAGUUCAUUAAUUUUGCAGAGAUUCAAGGACGCAUAGACAUCAUGACAGCAAACAUGAGCAAUCUAUGCGAUCUGGAAACUUAUUACUUCAGUGACAAAGACUUUGAUGGCAACAUAACAGAGUUAUUUGAGAGGCUACCGCAAUGUUCUUCAAACAAACUCAAGGAACUGGAUCUGUCAUUCAAUAAUUUCAGUGGAGCACUACCAAAUCAUAUAGGACGUUGGCCCAGAUUACUCACUCUUGAUCUCUCUCAUAACCAAAUCACUGGACAGCUGCCGUCUGAGAUCGGCAAGCUCAGUAACUUAGUCACUCUUCAACUCCGUACCAAUCAGUUCACCGGACCAUUGCCCUCUGAGAUCGGCAUGCUCCGUAAUUUAGACACUCUUGAUCUCUCUUACAACGGAUUCACUGGACCUUUGCCCUCUGGGAUUGGUAUGGUCAGUCAUUUGACACACAUGGACCUAAGCUACAAUAACCUCAGUGGUGUUAUAACCCAUGAGCACCUUGAUGGCUUGUCAAGAUUAACGAUGAUAGACUUGUCAAGAAAUUCCAUGAAGAUUGAGGUGGGUCCAGAGUGGUUACCCACAUUCAGACUUUAUACUGCAUCUUUUCGAUCCUGCCACUUGGGUCCUUCAUUUCCCUCCUGGCUGCAGUCACAGACCAAUAUUGAUGUGCUAGAUAUAUCAAGUGCAUCUAUAUUUGAUUCACUUCCAAAUUGGUUUUCUACCACCUUCUCAAAGGCUCGGGAGUUGUACAUUUCAAACAACGGAAUCAACGGCACAUUGCCAACAAACAUUGAGAACAUGACAUCAUUAGUUAAACUCUCUUUGGAUUCAAACCAACUAACUGGCCAAAUACCUCGGUUGCCAACAAAUCUCUAUGCACUAGACAUCUCCAGGAACUAUUUGUCAGGGCCACUACCAUUGAAUUUUGGAGCCCCAAACCUAUCAGACCUGAGCCUAUUCUCCAAUCACAUCACUGGUCAUAUUCCACAUUCCAUUUGUGAGUUGAACGUGGGUGCCUUGAACUUGGCUGAUAAUCAUUUGGAGGGAGAAUUCCCACAAUGUUCUGAGCCAAGAAUGACCUCAACACUAAUAUUAAGGAACAAUAUGCUAUCCGGUAAGUUGGACACAAUCCUAGAAGCAUACACAGGACUAAAUAUUCUUGAUCUGUCAUGGAAUAAGUUCACUGGAAGCAUUCCAGAGACAAUAACCAAUCUCCAAGGUCUAUCUCAUCUAAAUUUGGCAGGAAAUAACAUAUCAGGUGGCUUACCCCAUCAUUUGUCAAAUUUCAUGGGAAUGAAAGGGACGAAAGAUGAAUUUCCAAUAGUAGAUGAAGUUAAUAUGUCUGUCACCACAAAGGGACAAGAACGGUAUUACUACGAUUUUGCAAUUUAUGAGAUGGUGAGCAUUGACUUGUCAUCAAACCACUUGACCGGAGUAAUUCCAGAAGAAAUAACCUCACUAGAUGGAGUUGUAAAUUUGAAUUUGUCAAGGAAUAAUCUGACUGGAAAAAUUUCAGAAAGGAUUGGAACCAUGCAAUCACUGGAAUCGCUCGAUCUCUCUGGAAACAAGCUUUCUGGAGAUAUCCCAGAAAUCCUGUCAAAUCUAUCAUAUUUAAGUCUCAUGGACUUAUCACACAACAAUCUCACAGGAAGAAUCCCAUCAAGGGGGCAGCUCGACACCCUCUACACGCAGAAUCCACUAAUGUAUGACGGCAACAUUGGUCUUUGGGGAUAUCCCCUUCAGAAGAAUGGCACCAACAACAGAGAACCAAAUCAUGUUGAUCAAAAGAGAGGUGGACAUGAUUAUGAGGUACAUGCAUUUUCCUUUGGACUUGGUGUAGGAUAUGUGGUUGGUCUCUGGGCGGUGUUCUGUCUCAUCUUAUUCAAUAAAUCAUGGAGGAUUGCUCACUUCCGCCUCUUCGACAAAGCACUUGACAAUGUCUAUGUGUUUGCCGUUGUUACAUGGGCAAGGUGGGCCAAACAGACCACCACACAUUAGUCCAAUUUGUAAAUUGGGCAAAGUGCAAUUACACAUUUAUCAUGCUACAAAUAAAGGUGGAUCCAUGGAUGUAAGUCGCGGUCUAAAUUUGGUUGUAUAUUGUCUUUUGAAUCAGACAUCUUGAAUGUUAUUUAAUUCCUGCUAUCUUUGUCACUAUAUAUAUGUGCACUGGCCAGACAAUGAUUGCUAUACAAA